GUCUUGGAUUUGCCAUGAUAAUAGUAUCUUCCCUGAUCGCCAUAUAUUAUGCCGUGAUCAUUGCAUACUGUAUAUACUUCUUCUUCGCUUCCAUGGCGGCGGAAGUUCCCUGGAAAUAUUGUGAUAACUCAUGGAAUACAUGUGCUUGUCAGGACGGUUAUCAAACGUUUAAUUUCUCACUUAUGGAUCCACGGAAUGCCUCGAGGCCAGACUGUGCAAACUUUACCUACAGCGAUAACAAGACGGUUUCGGCCAGUGACGAAUAUUUUAACAAUAAAGUCCUGGAAAUUUCCGGAGGUUUGGAAUACCCGGAAGGAAUAAAAUGGGAACUAGCCCUUUGUAACUUAGCUGUGUGGGCAAUAGUAUUUAUUGUCCUCUCAAAGGGAAUUAAAUCUCUUGGAAAGGUUGUAUAUUUUACUGCAACGUUUCCUUAUAUCCUGUUAACCAUUCUGUUGGUCCGUGGAUUAACGCUAGAGGGAUAUCAAGAAGGAAUCAAAUUCUACCUAACACCGGACUGGAGUAAACUUACCCAGGCUGAUGUAUGGAGUGAUGCUGCUGUUCAGAUUUUUUAUUCACUUAGCGCAUGCUCAGGCGGACUUAUUGCUAUGGCCAGUUACAACAAAUUCAGCAACAAUAUUCUGAGGGAUUCCUUCCUAGUACCUCUCAUCAACUGUCUGACAAGUUUUUACGCUGGUUUUGUCAUUUUUGCUGUCCUUGGUUUUAUGGCACAUAAGAAGGGUACUACAGUGGAUAAAGUAGCGGCUGGAGGACCAGGAUUGGCAUUCGUCGUAUACCCAGAGGCUCUCGCACAAAUGCCUGUAUCACCAUUAUGGGCGAUUUUGUUCUUUUUUAUGAUGAUGACAUUAGGAUUUAGCUCACUGUUUUCAAUCACAGAAACAGUUAUUACAGGUCUUGUUGACGAAAUGAAGCAUUAUAUAAUGAAACCUAAAAUUCGGCUAUAUAUGUUCAGAUUUGGUAUUUGCGCCUUCUUCUUUCUGCUAGGUUUGCCAAUGGUUACGAGGGGAGGAUUAUACAUGCUGAAUCUGUGUGAUACGUACGUGGGUGGCUUCCCUUUGUUAUUCGUAGGUCUCUUCGAACUUACGUUAAUGUCUUACAUAUAUGGGUUUUUCAGAUUUAGAAAAGACAUUGAAAUGAUGAUGGGAAAUUCACUACCAGUUAAAGUAACAUUCUUCUUCUUUGCCCCAACGUGGUGCGUCAUCUCACCCGUAGCAUUAGCGGUUGUGAUUGUACUAAAAGCUAUCCAGUAUGAACCUACAGCAAUGGGGUCAUAUAUGUACCCAGAUUGGGCUAAUGCAUUGGGCUGGUUAAUUGUUCUUUGUCCCUUGGUUUUCAUUCCUGGAUGGUUUAUAUAUCAUCUGUUGUUCAAAGACAAUAGAGGGAUGUGUUCCCCAAGACCCAACUGGGGACCAGCUCUGGAUGAAAACAAAACUGGAAGAUAUGCUAAACCAAUCACACAUGCUUACCCACAGGCCGCUUAUGUUGUCGACGCUGAGAAGAAACCUUAUUUUAAUCAGCCAAUCACAAAUGGCCUUGAGAAUAAAGGAUACGAAUCGGACUUAUCUGAACCAUCUACCAAGUUUUGAUGAAAUCAUUUGGACAAAAAUGUUAACGAGAGAGAUCUGAUUGUUUCUAAUGUUUGUAAUGUACAUAUUAUGAAAACAUGAAAACUGUUCUUUUCGAUUGAAAUCUUCACAUUUGUGUACAUGUAUAAAUCCGCAUAACUGUGUUAAGUAAAGAUUAAGCUGGGGGAACUUUAUAUAUUUGCUGUACAUCGCUACUCUUGAGUUAUACACAGAUGUAAUUUACUAAUUCGUUUAUUUCAUUGUUGUUAUUUCAAAAUGACAAUUCUUACUGCACCAGAUGCUGCUUCUCUGAAGCAUACUUAACAUCUUUUAUUCAUUGCUACUGUCGUUUACAGAUGUUUCCUACUGAGACAAAUUAUGACCGCUGAUGUUACGUCUUCUACUUUUUUGUAAAUAAUUUGUAUAUUAAUAGUGGCAGAAUGGUAUUCACCUUCUAACCGCAAUGUAAUGUACGCUUUUGCAUUACAGUAAAGAGUUCAAUCUUGAAGGGUACAUACACCCUCGGAUAGCUGUAUAGUAUUCUGAAACAAUAUCUAGAAGAAAGCAAAGUAUUAACAAAAAUACCGAACUCCAAGGUUGAUUUAAGGAAUGACUGUAAUCUUUUUUCUGUCUAUGAAGAAAUAAAAUCAAAAAUGUGGUGCACACUGAAUAACUCGCGUAGCGGGUUAUUUUAAAGUGUGCACCACAUUUUUUAUGUUAUUUCGAAUAGACAGAAAAAAUAUUACAGUCAUUUCUUAUAAUUUAAUUCUAAAUUCCAUGUUAAAGCUGAGUAAACCAUGAAAAAACGUUGAUGACGUCAUGGUCACAUGACAAAAUUAUGUCUAUGCGCUGAUAAAGAAAACAACGUCAGCCAAUCAGAAGACGCGUUACAUCCAAAAUUAAAUUAUUAAAAAAUGUCAAUAAAACCAGACCGAACUAAAUGCUCAACUAUAGCAAUCAAGUGAACGAAUGGGAAACAAGUCAUAUUCCGGACUUGGAAAAGGCAUUUUCAAAAUAAAAAAAAAUAGUGGGUUAAACCUGGUUGUAUGGCUAGUUAAACCUCCCACUCUUAUGAUACUAGUAGUUGUUUAUAGUUCCAGCAUAUUGACAAAAUUUUUGUUUACGUGAAAAUAAUUGGGAACCCAGAAAACGAUUGUGUCAAACAUUUUUAGAUAUUGUCGAUUUUCAUGAAAUGUUCCCAGACCCCCUCCAGAUCUCCAACAUACACUAUAUAUGCCUGCAUGUUACCUGCAAGGAAUGAUAACGUUUAAUAAAGCAAUCUGAAUUACACCAAGGAACAACAUUUCUACCUUUUAUUGUAACAUUUAUGAUAUAUUCAAUGAGAGAAAACAAUGAAUUAACAUUAAAAUAUACUGAA